AUGGCAAACAUCCACACCCCGAUUCCAAACCUCAAACUGAAUGAUGGAAAUAGCAUGCCCAUGAUCGGCUACGGAACCGGCACAGCAUGGUACAAAUCCGGCGACGAGUCCAAAGUCGACGAAGCAUGCAUCGCCGCCACAAAGAUGUCGAUAGACAUGGGCUACUAUCACCAAGACGGCGCCGAAGUCUACAAGACCGAAGCAGAACUCGGGACAGCGAUCAAGCAGUCUGGCAUCUCCCGGGAAAAGCUGUUCUUGACGACGAAGGUCAUCUCGAAUAUUGCGGACAUUCCUUCGGCGCUGAAGACGAGUUUGAAGAAGUUGCAGGUGGAUCAUGUGGAUAUGUACCUGAUUCACUCGCCUUUCUUCAGCGAAAAGAAGGAUGACCACCAAGAAAAAUGGAGGCAGAUGGAGGAGCUCAAGUCUCAAGGUCUGGCCAAGUCCAUCGGCGUGAGCAACUACCUGCCGGAACAGCUCGAUUGGAUUCUGGAGACGUGCAAAGUCCAGCCUGCAGUCAACCAGAUCGAGUUCCAUCCGUACCUCCAGCAUGAGGGGCUGAUCGAGUAUCACAAGAAGAAGGGCAUCGCAACAUGCGCCUACGGCCCCCUAACCCCCGUGACCAAAGGCGCCGGUGGCCCAGCCGACGACGUCCUGAACGGUCUCGCGAAGAAGUACGCCGUCAGCCCGGGCGAGAUCUUGUUGCGAUGGUGCAUCGAUCAGGACAUCGUGCCCAUUACGACCAGUUCGAAGGAGCAGAGGUUGAGUGACUACCUGCGGGCGAUGACGUUCAAGCUGAAUCCGGCGGAGAUCAAGCAGAUCAACGAGGCGGGGAAGAAGAAGCAUUUGCGAGGGUUCUGGACGCACAAAUUUGACGACAACGACAAGAGAUGA